AUUUCUUAUACACAGUCGUCAUUUAUUUCGUGUUGAAGAUCUUUUUUGUUAUUUAUUAUAUUCGAAUAAUAUGUGAGGAAUAAGUAUAUAUGUUCUUAACAUAAAAAAAUAAAAAUAUAGUCAAUAAAGUAUUUUUUUUUAAUCACUAUCUUCGUAUCGUAUUAACAUUGAAUACGUGGAUAUAAACAAACUAAAUAUUACACUAAAUUAAAAUCAUGUUAAAUAUAUAAAUUUUAAACCUAGUAGAGACCAAUAAAAUCAAUCGAUUGUAGUAGGUUAAAAAACCGAGCCUUUAAGCUGGCAUCCGGUCAUUUAUCUCGCAAUGUGGAUUAAAAGUAAUAUCUAAUCAUGGAAACUUAGUGCUAAUAUCAAACAUAUGAUAUUGUGUAUUUUUAUCUUUAUUUUUUUCACUGAAUAGGAUAAUAUUAUAUAUAUGAAUAAAUAAAUAAAUAACACAAAUAUGAGUUGCCAGAAAGGAAAUACGAAACGGUCCAGGCCUCAGAAAUAUAAAAAUCAAACUGUUUUUAAGAAUGAUCUGCAUGACAAAUCUCACAAAACUAAAUUUAUUAAUAACAUAGAAGUAGCAAAUGUAUGCGAAAGAUGUAAAAAAAUAAUUGAGUGGAAGAUUAAAUACAAAAAAUAUAAGCCUCUCAAGGCACCAGCUAAAUGCACUAAGUGCGAAGAAAAAACAGUUAGGCACGCUUAUCAUACAAUGUGUCUACCCUGCUCAAAAGAUCAUAAAGUUUGUCCUAAGUGUUGUGAAAAGCGUGAAAUAAUAGAAGCUAAACCAAACAAAGAAGAAAUUAUGAAAUUGGAUGCGGAGACACAGAUGUUCUUGAAACAAUUACCUGAAAGGAAACGAAGAACGAUUAUAAGAUCUAUGAAUCGUAAUUGUAACUCAAAGAACAUUGAUUCUAAAACUACUAAUGAUGAGAACGAAGAUUCAGAAGAAAGCGAUGACGAAGAAGAGAACGAAAAGAAUACAGAAAAAUCAUCUUUAAAUAAAGAUUUAAGAGUUAAGAAAGAUCAUUGUAGUGAUGAUUUUACUGAUAAUUCGGAAGAUGAUUUUAGCGAUAAUUUGGAAGAUGAUUCGGAAGAUGAUGUGAUAAAAAAUUAAAAAAUGAUUUAAAUUAUAAUCUGGCAAAUUAUAAUAAUUUAGAGUAGAUCAUAUGAAUAAUUAUAAUUUGGAAGAGUUAUGUAGAUAUUUUAUAUUUUAAAAAUAUAUUUGUAAAUUAUAAAUUGUAUUAUUCUAUUAUAUUAGAUUAAAUUUCUUCUUUAAUCAUAAUUAUAGUAUUAUAUUAAAU